UCGACAAACUGAUUAGCACACCAAAUAUGUAGACUUUAGUAGGUGCAAAACAUAAAAACAGUCAACAGGUGAAUUCAGUGUUGUGUCAGAUUUAAGAAUAAACUGGGUGUACUGCUGGCUAGACUGGUUUAUUUUAAUGACAUUGAUAAUUGUAGUCAAUAAACCACUUUCAUCAACCGUUUAAGAGAACAUCUUAUCGUAAUCAUCACACAGCCAGUGGUGAUAACAACAUUUGAACAGUCAUGUCGACAAGAUUGGCCCAUCUAUUGGUGGAACAAUUCGGAGCCGUCCGACGAAUCACGAUCAACAAUCCGCGUAAAAAGAAUGCCAUCAAUCUGCAAACGUACGGGGAUCUGGCAGACCAGUUGAAUGAAGCCGAUGGCGAUCCCGGCGUUAAUGUGGUAGUACUGACCGGGGCCGGAGACUUUUACAGUUCCGGUAACGAUAUUAGUGCGGUGCUAAGCAGCAACCAAUCGAUGGAGGAAAAACUAGAAACAUCGCACAAAACUCUCCGGCGAAUGGUCACCGCUUUCUAUUCCUUUAGCAAACUGCUGAUCGGGGUCCUGAAUGGACCGGCUAUCGGGAUAUCGGCGACGACGGCCGUUCUGUGUGAUGUUCUUUACAUGGAAGAAAAGGCCUAUCUGUACACUCCAUUCACGGGACUAGGUCUCGUUGCGGAAGGCUGUUCGUCGUACACUUUCCCGAAGCUGAUGGGUCGUAGUAAGGCAUCGGAAAUGUUGCUGUUGAACCAUCGAAUGUCCUCCGAGGAAGCACUUCGGUUUAACGUCGUUUCAGAAGUGUACCGAGGUCGGGAAGAGUUCGAGAAAAUCCUGUGGCCAAGGAUUCUGCAGUACGGAAAGCUACCGAUUGGUUCCAUUCAAGCUAGCAAGGAGCUGAUGAGGAAAUUUGAGAUAUCCGAGCUGCAGGCGGCCAACGAAAGAGAAAUCGAGGCGCUUUCUCGACGAUGGCAAACCGAAGAAGCCAUUGAAGCUGUUAUGAACUUUGCUACCCGGAAGAGUAAAAUGUAAGAGUUAUGUUCUGAGAUUGAAAAAGAUUCCAACAUAUUUGGUAUUAGGUUUUCAUUUAUGAAAUAUUUGUAAAAAAGGGGAUUGAAACAACUAUCAAAACAGGCAGAACAUAUUCAUUUAAUGAUAUUUGAAGAAUAAAAGCAUAUGAAAAAAUGUUA